GUUGCUGAGCAGCUGCUCUCUGAGCACUGGAGGAAGAACAACGCUGAGCUCCAGGAGGUGGAGCCUGAGCUGCAGAGGAAGCACCUGACGGAGGCUUGGGGCCACCAGCUAAUGGAAGAACCCGAGCAAGAAGCAACUGAACUUGAGGAGAGGAAACAUUAUGAGAAUGAAUAUGAAACAGCACACAGGGAAGAGCUGGAAAGAACGAGACAGGAGGAGGAGAAGCACCAGCUGGAAGAGAGGCAGCAAGCAGAGGUGUUGCUUCAGCAAAUCAAAGAACUGAAGUUGCAGGAGGCUGAGGCAACAAAGCUGAAAAAAGAACAUGAGAAAUUAUUAAAGCAGCAGUGGGAGCUGGAGAACUUGGAAGAAGAAAGGAAACAAAUGGAAGAGCACCGGAAGAAGAGCGAGUUUGGUCGCUUUUUGAGGCACCAGUGUAACGCCCAGUUAAAGAGAAGAGCCCAGCAGGUACAGGAGGAGCUGGAGAUGGACAGGCAAAUCUUGUUAGCCCUCCUGGAGAGGGAAGAGGAGCAGCCCCAGCAGCCUGCGCGACCGGCCGCGGAUGCCGCCUGGCUGAAACGUGUCCUCGAGGAGCAGCUCCAGUUAGAAAAGGAGAGGGAAGCAGAGCUGCAGACUAUUUUCAGAGACGAAGCUAAAAAAGUGUGGGAGAAGAGGGAAGAAGAAUGGGAGAGAGAGAAGGCAGCCAGGGAUCGCCUGAUGAAGGAGGUCCUUGCAGGCAGAUGGUGCCAGCUCCAGGAGGAGAUGGAGGCGAACAGACGAGCCCGAGAAGAGUCUAUAAAAUAUCGAGAGCAGCUGAUUAAAGAACUGGAAAAGGCCAAAGAACGGAGGAGGCAGGAGAAGGGGCAGGGGGAGGAGCUGCAGCCAGCCCGCAGGGGGCAGCUGGAGGCGCAGCUGACAGACUGGCACCUGCAGGACCAGGAGCAGCAGCAGCAGCACCCGUGGGAGGAGGAAGAUGAGGUGAGAUGGGCCCAGCAGCACGGCAAGGAGCUGGUGUGGGGGGAGGCUGAGCGUGGCUACCACAGCCAGCACUAG